AUGGACUUCUCCAAGAAGCGCAAAACAGAAGGAAACGGCGACGCCAAUUCUCCUCCUCCCUCCAACGACACCGCCGCCGUCACAUCAACCCUCACCCCAGAAGACAUCCACAAGAUUCUCCAGCCCUUCACGCAAGACCAGCUACUCGACCUUCUUAAGUCCGCCGCCCUCCAACACCCCAAUGUCCUCGACGCCGUACGCUCCGUUGCCGACCGUGAUACCUCACGCCGGAAGCUCUUCGUCCGCGGCCUCUCAGGCGAUACCACCAGUGAGACGCUCCGUGCUGUAUUCGCUACGUACGGUGACCUGGACGAAGCAAUCGUUAUAUUCGACAAAUCGACUAGCAGGUCUAAGGGAUACGGCUUCGUUGUUUUCCGACAUGUCGACGGUGCAAUUCUUGCCCUAAAGGAGCCGAGCAAGAAGAUAGAUGGGAGGAUGACGGUGACGCAGCUUGCAGCGGCGGGUGCGGGUUCUACAGGCGGGGAUGUAUCUGCUCGUAAGGUAUUUGUAGGUAACGUUCCUUUUGAAGUGUCAGCAGAGAGUCUAUUGAGCGAGUUUUCCAAGUACGGUGAAAUCGAAGAGGGGCCGUUAGGGUUUGAUAAAGCUAGUGGGAAAACAAGAGGCUUUGCUUUCUUUGUGUAUAAAACCGAAGAGGGUGCAAGGAAUUCACUGGUGGAGUCUGUCAAAACCGUUGAUGGUCACCAAGUGAUUUGCAAGUUGGCUGUGGAUAACAAGAAGCCGAAACCCGGGAAUCAAAACCCAUCAGGUUUUCCGGUGGAUAAUUCUAACUCUAAUUAUCAUGCUCCUAAUGCAGCAAUGAUGCCGCAGUAUGGUGCUCCUCCUAAUGCUUAUGGGCAACCGCCUUAUGGUAAUCAGGUUCCUUCUGGUGGUGGGUAUGGACCAGGAAUUGGUGCAGGUGCUCCUCAGUACGGCGGUCCAGUUCCUGGACCCGGGCCUGUUAACGGUCCAAGGCCGCAUCCUCCCUCUGUUGGUGGAUAUCCGGAUGGUUCACAGUAUGGUUACCCGCAACAGCCUAUGCCGAUGCAGAGACCCCCUAACGGAGGAAUGUACCAAGGCGUGCCACCUUAUUAUUGA